UGUCAUGUGAUUAGCAGGGUUCAAUGAGAGCUGUUUGCCCCACCCAUCUCUUCAACGCUGUCUAUCUCAAUGUAGAAUUCACUGAGAAAAGGAAAUAAUCGCUAAAAAUACACCCUCGAAAAGGAUUCAUUCGCCAGGAUUGGGGAUUCAACGCGCUCCGUCCGUAGGGAAUCCAUCGCUGUCGUUGUGGCAUCGGAUUUAUCUUCACGUAUCCAAAUGCACAUGAUCUACCACCCGAAUUCAACAAGGAUACAAAACGUAGCCUGACAGCGGACUCGGACUGCGAUAACCGGUAAAAUAUCGACGGAAUCGGUCGCAUUUGCAUCUGCGGUAGAAAGAACCGUAAGGAUCGCCACUCGCGUCAAAGCAAAGCCUACGGAUGUGAGGAGAAAUUCAAAUUACGGUAACGGAGAAGACGGCGAAGGGCCUCGUUUGAUUUGGACAAACCGAAAAAAAAGCCAUCAUUCACCAUAAGCAAAACAGGAGGGAAAAUAGCGUCAAUCUGAGGGGAAUUUUUCAGCACCUCCACCGUAUUUUUCUCGCAGACAACGUCGUUUCGUGACGGAGUUAAAAGGUUCAUGUCGGCCACGGCGCAGGGCGGAAUGAUCCACAUGCCGUCAUUUUGGUGGAAAUAUUUAUUUUUUUAAUUUGUAGCCACCCUUUCUGUCUCGUUCUGCCCGUGUCGUUGCAUCGGCCAACGGAAUCGACAGCAAGAUACCGAAAAGAAUCGCGUUUUGUGGAGCUAUUCAUGAUUUUAAUAGGAGUCGGUCGUUAUUUCGGGAAACCGACCAUGGAUUCGCGACGGGAAAUUUGCUAAAUCUCCGUCGUGGGAAAGCCGAAAUCAUUCAUGUAACGUCGAAGGCUUCGCUGAAUGCACAUACAUACACAGAAAUCUCAUAUUUGAUAGCAGCAAGCGCUCGACGGGACUCGGCCGUCUGUAGGCCGGCCUAGUGUUUUCUCCACCAGCUCUUCUCAACAAUACCAGUCACUCAUAGCUUUCAUAUUUCCCCGUGCUCCCUUAUCAGCUAAAGCCAGGGAAGUUAUGUGCAUACUAGUAUAAAUGUCCCGGUUUUCCAUCAAAGUGUUCUGAUCGGAGGCCAGUCAAGUCAUUUGGAUCAUUUAUUCACACGGUAGAUACACUUCUAGCCCCCCCACCCCAAAACUUUUCUUGGGUUUUUGGGAAAAUGGGUUGUUUGGGCAACAGUAAAACUGAGGACCAGCGAAAUGAGGAGAAGGCCCAGCGAGAAGCUAACAAAAAGAUAGAGAAACAGCUCCAGAAAGACAAACAGAUCUACAGAGCAACUCAUCGACUGCUCCUGUUAGGGGCUGGAGAAUCGGGGAAAAGCACCAUAGUCAAACAGAUGCGCAUAUUACAUGUCAAUGGCUUCAAUGCUGAAGAGAAAAAACAGAAAAUUCAAGACAUCAAGAAUAAUAUAAAAGAAGCUAUAGAGACUAUAGUGACUGCAAUGUCCGUGUUGGCACCUCCAGUCCAGUUAGCUUGUCCCGCAAAUAAGUUUCGAAUUGAUUACAUCCUCAAUUUAGCCAAUCAGAAGGACUUUGAGUUCACAUCGGAAUUUUAUGAACACACAAAGACCCUGUGGCAGGAUGAAGGGGUGAGAGCUUGCUUCGAAAGAUCCAAUGAAUAUCAACUGAUCGACUGUGCACAGUAUUUCCUGGACAGGAUUGACACUGUGAAACAGAGCGACUAUACUCCCACUGAUCAGGACUUGCUCAGAUGCAGAGUUCUGACUUCUGGGAUAUUUGAGACCAGAUUCCAAGUGGACAAAGUUAAUUUUCAUAUGUUUGAUGUUGGCGGACAGAGAGACGAACGCAGAAAAUGGAUCCAGUGUUUUAAUGAUGUGACUGCUAUCAUAUUUGUGGUAGCCAGCAGCAGUUAUAACAUGGUGCUCAGAGAGGACAAUCAGACCAACAGACUCCAGGAGGCACUAAACCUGUUCAAGAACAUCUGGAAUAACAGGUGGCUUCGAACUAUUUCUGUCAUUCUGUUCUUAAACAAGCAGGACUUGCUGGCUGAGAAGGUGUUGGCGGGAAAAUCAAAAAUUGAGGAUUACUUCGCCGAGUUUGCACGCUACACUACACCAGAUGAUGCAACACCAGAGCAAGGGGAAGAUCCGCGAGUUACAAGAGCAAAAUAUUUCAUCCGAGAUGAGUUCUUGAGGAUCAGUACAGCGAGUGGAGAUGGACGGCACUACUGCUACCCCCACUUCACCUGCGCCGUGGACACGGAAAACAUCCGCAGAGUGUUUAACGACUGCAGAGACAUCAUCCAGCGCAUGCACCUACGACAGUACGAACUCUUGUGAUCGCAGCAGGGAUGACGGGACGCAAACUCACCUCCUGAACUUUCUUUAGGCCCCCCUGCCCUACAUCACGCCCCAAUAUCAAACCAGAAACCUUCAAACUGAUGAGUCCCCACCUUUUACACUUAACACGCACACACAUGCAUAUUAUAUGUAUAUAUACACAUACUUGUAUGUAUAUAUAUUCAUAUAUAUUUAUAUAUAUAUAUACAUACGGACACACACACACAUGGCCUUUCUCCAUCCUGAGUGACUAGGGGCUGGGGCAAGGGGACGCACUGUGUUACUGAUGAAAGCGUGGCUGUGAUAUCUGGCAAAAAGACUUGUUAACACAGCCAAGGACUACCGAUGUUAAUAAAAAGAGAGAGAGGAAAACUAAACAUGUGAGAGGGAGAAGGAGGGGGGAGAGAAAAGAGGGAAGAAAAAAAACUGUCCAGGACUGCUCAGGACAAGGAAGCCAUUUCGUACACAUACAGACACAUAAUGCGUCCAGCUGAACUCCUGACACGCAGUCUUAUGUAUGUUACACGUCAAACUUGUCUUUUUCCUGAUCAUAUGCCUAAACACACGUUACUUAUAUUGAUGCGCACGCACAUACACACGCUAUUCUUAUCCUCCACCUUUUUGGUCCUGUUGAACAUUUAGUGUCUGUGCGAGCCUGGCACGAUCCCUCACCUUUUCCCAUUUCCCCUUUUCGCAAAAGCCACAUCCCACCCCCCCCAUCCCCCCCCCCCCACCUGAAGGAGAGCAAAAUGAUGGACUGUCUGUUAAAAAACGAAACAAAAAACACAGAAUGUAGAGCAAAAUGUCUUUUUCCCCCCAACAAAAACAGAGGGUUUGGAGCAUUUACUGCCCCGGGUUGUGUUACGUGUGGAGCAGAGAAUGACUUGAACACAAGACCCAUCACAUGACUCGCUUCUCAAGAUGCAUCGCAGGAAAGGCGAGUGCAUGCAAUGCUAGAUUCAUGCAGAACGGUGAACUAAAUGCAGUGCAAAAAAAAUACAUAUAUAUAUAUAUAUAGGAAAUUUAUUAUUCCUAUAAUAAUACAACCUUUUUCUGUUUGUUAGUUUCCCCAGUUUGUGUGUCGGUGCACCAUUUUAAACCACCUGUUUUCUCAUUUGUUCUCUCCAUCUGUUUUCCGAGUGCCAUUACUCUCUCUCUCUCUCGUUCUUUCUCCUCCCCUUAUCUUUCUCUCUGACUGUCUCCUCCCUGCUGCAAAAAUCUUGUACACUGACAUGUGGGGACUUCAUCAGACCGAGGGUAAGACUGAGUAAUGACGCGAGACAUGAGAAGGACGUCUAAUGGAUGGUCUAGUCACCCCAACAAACCCCCCCCCCACCCUUUAGCCUGGCUUUUGGUCUGUCUUUUGAUUUCUCUGCUGGAUCAUUAUUCUUGUACAGACUGUAAAAUGUAUUAUUUUGUACAACUUUAUUGAAGAAAAAAGUAACUUGUAGAAGCUCCCUGUGCCUUGAUCACGACUGUACGUGUAAAAUGAGCUAAGAUGUAAGUAAGAUAUGUUUUAUUGCGCUGUUUGGCUCUGCUCUGCCUCUGUCGAUUCCCUUGAACUCGGACCCUCCCGACUCCCUCCCCAAUUGCCUGUUUGCUCAUCAGACUCUGGGUGAAAGUUGCCCUCCUCACCCCUUCCUGUGCUGUUCUUGAACCGGCUUCCCCGUACAACUUAAGAAUGAAAACUUGCCAUGCCGGUGUCAGGUCGGCGACCGAGUGCAACAUUUACUAGCACUGCUUAUCAGUGGAGUUUGGGGGGAGCUGCUGUCUGUCACGUCCCCCUCCCACCUUUUUAUUUUCACUCGUUUAACCUGCCUCUGGUUUGUUUUAGGAUCAAGACGAAACGCCUGAUGCUGUGUAGUACAAAGCAAGAAACAUUAUAUACAGUAUAUAUAAAUAUAUAUAUUUAUGUGUAAAUAUAUUAUUUAUAUAUAUAUGUUUGCUUUUUACAAGUUUUCUUUGCCUUUUUUGGUCCGUGACAAGUCAACCUUUUUAGAGGCAGGGUGUGGGGCUUUUUUGUUUUCUUUUUUCUUUUUUGCUUUAACUCUGUUGAAGGAGAAAAUAAUCCAAAUGCAAAAACAUUGCUUGUCUCUUCGUAAAAAACCAAAUUCCUUUGCUAAAAAAAAAAGUGAAAAAAAAAAGACAGCAAAUCUGUCGAUGUAUUAAGUGUAAAAAUUGUUUUGAUAGCUGCACAGUCAGAUAUUGGGUUCAUAUCCUCCUCCCAUGGUAUUCAUGUUUAUUUCUUUAUAUUAAAAAAAAGAAAGGAAAAAAGAAAAAAGCUGCUCUACAAACUGACAUACUAACAAAAAGAGGCCGCCCAUCACUGGACAAUGACCAAUCGUAACCCUCUCUGUACCACACUUCCUGUCCUGCUUCCCAAUCACAUGAAAGCAGGGGCCAGCUUUUGGUGCUCUAAUGGUCCACUUUGUUACGCAAACAAAGUAUUUAUUUUUGUUUUAUUUAUUUGUCAUUUUAUACUUUUUUUUUUCUUUCUUUUUUUCACAAAUUUUCAAAAAAACACAAAUUCGGUUGUGUUUUCUGCAAAAUGUGGUACAGGUGUUUAUCUAUCUAUCUAUUGAUAUAGAUAUAUAGAUAUCAAUACAUACACACUCACACACACACAUAUAUAUGUAUAUAUAUUAUUUUUGUUUUUGGUUAUGGGCAUGGAAUGGGGUGGGGGGAGAUGUUAAGCUAUGAUAUUUUAGUAUGUUUACUUUUUUACUUUAUUUUCUAGUUCAGACUCGCUGCAGCAAUAAGUGAGUGUGAUUUGAGUACCAAAUGCCCCCUUGCCUGACUCUGUCUCUUUAAGAAGUGUUUUCAGUGUAUAUGUUGCUUUUUUUUCCAUGUCUCUCACACUUACUGUACAUUUUGUACAAAGAUUCAAAUUACAGCAGUAAAAGAAGAGUGUAACACUGUCUGAGUGACACACACAUGCGCACACACUUUUCACAAGGCUAACUCUGUUUUUUGGCCCAAAUCAAACUAUAAAGUAUAAUUUAGUUGCUCUUACA